GAUGCGGUAUAGAGCUGUCACAAGGGCGCUUGUUUUGUGGCAAGAAAUAAUGUGAGCAAGCGGAGUUGUCGUCGAUUGCUGUGGAAAGAAACGCCUUAAGCUCCGCCCGCUCUGACUACCCUGCCUUUAAAAUCGAGCUAUCGGAGACAUUCCCCUGCUUGCCCCGCCCUUUCCUCUCCUCGGGGGUCCGCCGGCGGAAACACCGGCGAGAUCAGCUGACUUGACUCUUCCGCUUCCUCAAAGUGUAAACACUGGCAGUCAGUCGCCGGGCUUUUUUCACGUUGCGGCUGUCAUGGCUUUUGUAAUAACACAGUAAUGUGUGUGUGACUGUGUGUGUGUGUGCGUGCGCGUGAGACACACAAUGUGACAAGUGAACAAAGGCUGGACCGAAGAAGCUCACAGUGUGUGUGUGCUGUGUGGGAAUGGGUCCCAUUCCUUGCUGGUCCAGAUGGAGAAUAAAGGGAGCGACGAGGUGGAAAAAUUGAAGACAAAGUUCUUGUCAGCGUGGCACAAUGUGAAGUACAGUUGGGCUCUGAAAUCAAAGACCUCAUUCAGUAGAAAUUCCCCAGUGCUUCUUCUGGGAAAAUGUUACCAUUUUAAGGCUGAAGAUGACGACAGUCCCACAGAAGCCUGCUAUGAAGCCUCGGACGAGGACUUUGUCAUGGGGGACGCGGAGGCUUUCCGGAAGGACUUUGCGUCCCGAGUGUGGCUGACCUACCGGGAGGAGUUCCCUCCCUUGCCCGGCUCCACCCUGACCUCUGACUGUGGCUGGGGCUGCAUGCUGAGGGCCGGACAGAUGAUGCUGGCUCAGGCACUAGUCCUGCAUUUCUUGGGCAGAGAUUGGACCUGGUCGGAGGCACUGGCGCUCCAGCCUUUAGACGCAGAGACGUGGACCACCACUGCAGCAAAACGCCUGGUCGCCUCCCUGGAGGCUUCACUGCAGGGCCCCCACAGGCCCACUGAUCCUGGAUUACCAACCGUACCUCAAGCCCAGGCCCCGGGAUCCGCGGAGGAGGCGGAUGCACACCUGAAAGAUAUGUACCACCGCACGCUGGUGUCCUGGUUCGGCGACAGCCCCUCGGCUCACCUGGGCCUCCACAGGCUGGUCCGCUCGGGCCUGACGUUUGGGAGACAGGCAGGGGACUGGUAUGGACCUGCUGUGGUGGCACACAUCCUCAAGAAAGCUGUCGAGGAGGCGAUGGACCCUGGCUUGGCGGGUAUAACUGCCUACGUUUCCCAGGACUGCACAGUGUACAGUGCAGAUGUCGUCGAGAGCCACAGGGCACCGACAGCAGGGCAGACCUCUGCUGAGCGACCAGGCGCCCCUCCUCCGCCGCGGAACAACCAACCGGCGGCGGCCUCCACCCUGCCAGACGGCCGAGCGGUCAUCAUCCUCAUCCCCGUCAGGCUAGGGGGGGAGAAGACAAACCCCGAGUAUUUUGACUUUGCGAAGAACAUACUGAGCCUGGAGUACUGCAUAGGCAUCAUCGGAGGGAAGCCCAAACAGGCCUGCUACAUUGUAGGAUUCCAAGAUGACAGCUUGAUUUACAUGGACCCUCAUUACUGUCAGUCUUUUGUGGAUGUCAGCACCAGCGAUUUCCCUCUCCAGUCAUAUCACUGCCCCUCGCCAAAGAAGAUGCCUUUCAGCAAGAUGGACCCGAGCUGCACCAUAGGGUUCUACUCUAGAAGCAUCCAAGACUAUGAGAGAAUCAGCCAAGAGCUGUCCAAGGUCCUGCAGCCGUCGGCGAAGGAGAAAUACCCGGCGUUCACUUUCGUGCAAGGUCAUGGCAGAGAUUACGACCUGUCAGGGGGCCUGACCCCGGAGAAGAGAGAGUGGCCCUUCAUCCGUGACCCGAGGAGGACGGUCGCCACCGCCGGGGACUUUGUGCUGCUUUGACAGCGCUGUUUUAAAAAGACUCCCGACAGGGAAGCUCCAAACUGCUCGGUAUCCAGAGCCUCCUGUUCCCAGACUGUUGUGGCACUGCAGCGUUUUUUCAACUCUUUUUAAAAACUUAAAGUGAUUCAGUUUGGUGAUUCAUCCUGGGAAACUUUGUUGCCGAGCAAAUUGCAGGCAAAACUGCCGUUAACGGGUUGCCCGGCAAUGUGAGCGUGCAGAGUCAUUGGUCUGGAAGCCUCCAGACGUUGUUGGUGCUCUUCUGAAUUUAACGACCUCACAUGUUUGUCUACUCAUUUAGGAAAAAGUGGCAUUUAGCGGGAACGGCGUUCGUCCAGAGAGCGACUUUGUGAACACAACCAGAUUUGGUGGCGGACUGUUUUGCACCUGACAUCCUGUUGAAGUCUCACAGGGAUUUGCAUGUAAUGAUCACGAGGUCCAGUUCAACACUCACCCCAUUAACAUGCUUUGUGAUUUCAUAGUGUCAUAGAGUGGUAGUGACUUUGACUGUACUCAGUGUUGGCUCACUUUUUAGAAGGACAUGAAAGACUACACCUUUAGUAUUUAGACAGAGUUUCUCAGUUAGCGGCGGCCUGACGUUUAGUUUAAGCCUGAACGAAUAUCGAAUAAGUCACUUUUACGAACUUCUCUGGUAGAAACACUUGAGCCAAACAAGAUGAUUUUUUUUUCACCUCAACGACACAAGCACGUGCUUUUAAAGGGCACUCUGAAUUUUCCAACAUUUCUUUUUAUUCACACUCAUCCCGUCUCUUAGCAUUUCUAUACGUAAUUCUUUGUGUCUUUUAAUAUUAUUGUGCGCUUGUCUAUGUUGUGUCGGUUUGGACCGAGUCGCGCAAUUUGUCAAAGAGGUAAUUGUGUUUUCGUGUGAGCACUGUCUGUUCUUGAUUAACCUUUACAAGAGGAUGUUUUAGUAUGUACGGCAUAUACAGUUUAUCUAACACCAAUUUAAAACAAAGCUUAUGUGAGAGAAGUUAAAAAAAACGAAAUCUAAUUCAGGGAAUUUCAGUACAGAUAGAAAUACUAUAUCAAUCAUCAAAUAAUUGAUAUUAUGUCUAUGUCGUGUGCAACUGAAACAAUUUGGCUGAUCAUUUCAAAGCAACACUUCAUUUUGUGUUUCUUCCUAUUUAGCAAAACUUUUUUUCAAACCCAAUUUUCUAGCAGUGAGUGACGAAAAGUUCUAUUGCAGUUUUGACAAAACACUUUGACAAUAACUAUACUUUGAUAAAGAAGAAGUGAAGAGGCACACUGGACUACAUGAUGCCCAUAACCCAUGCACAUAAAAAUUAAACAUUUCAAACUUUUUCAUCUGGUGUAUUGUGCUCUCCGGCAUCACAACACCUGCGUGUCUUUUCUUUAAGUCAACUUGCAAAAAAAUGAAUUAAUAAUGUCAUUUUUUUUCCGUGCUGCUGGUGGGAAAAAAACUGAAUAAAGGAAAGAACCUUUGA